AAGAAAUCAAAGUGCAGUUCAUUCUCGAGUGCAUUGUAUUUUCAAAAACAAAGAGAGGUCGCAGAACUCUCUAAGCACCACACACAUACCACAAUACAUUAUGGUUGAUUACUUCGGCGGCCAAAGGGCGCAGCAUUCGCAGAUCUGAUGAAAUAGGAGAGUAGAAAGUGUGUAGCAUCUUUCACUCCAACUUGCACGAAUUGUGCAAUUGAGAAUAGGAUAACAACACAAACACAGAGAUAGCCUUCCCAUGUUCUCGAUUCUCUGAGUUUGUUAUAUUCUCUUUGUGAGAGGCACUUCAAAGCAUCCAUAGCUAACGCACGAGUUACUAUUUAUGAACCGGUUUAAAACCCGCUAAAUUUGCAGACCGCCUAGUCAGCUGACGGGCACAAGAUAAAACAAGGUCAACAGUUUGUUUUUAGUUAUAGGGCGAAGAACAACGACGUAUUCAAAUAUUGUAAUAAUGUUUCGUAAUAGUAUUGAUGAAACCAUUUUGCGGCGAACUAUUUCUGCAUAAUGCCCUGCUGUGCAAAUAGUGACAAAGGGCUAGGUGAACCACUCAAAUAUGAUCCUGACUUUAAAGGACCUCUAUCCAAAAGGUCCUGUACGGAUCUUCCGUGUUUAUUUUUGUUUGUUACUUUUCUCUGCGCCUGGGGUUACGUAGCGUACUAUGCUGUUCAACAUGGCGAUUUAAAUCGAUUGCUUGUGCCAAUUGACUCAGAUGGACGAAAAUGUGGCGUAGAUAGCGAAGUUCGUGACGAACCUUACCUUGUGUUUUUCAACAUAACUGAAUGUGCUAAAAUCGAUGUGCCUAUUUCAGGAUGCAGCACUACACAGGUUUGUGUAAGUCAAUGCCCAAAUCAAGAUUUUGAUUUCGAAUCCGCAAACUGCAAUCCUUCCAAUGUUAAUGAAAUCCGUUCCAAAUUAAUAUGUAAGCAAAAUGUUAAGAAAACCGACCUAACGACAUGCCAAAUUAUUCGACAAUAUAUCAAAUCACAGAGAUGCGCACAGACAAUGCAAAAAAGCACUCCAUUGGUAAACCGAUGCGUUUCUAACAUUCCGGAGGGACAAUGUACUCUCAUACCGAAACAGUUUCGACAACAGCCGCCCAUUACAAGUACCAAAUUUCAAACCUCAGCCGAACAGUGUAAAGAACAACGCGAACUUGAAAAUAUUUUGGAAGAAAAAAUUUCUAAACUACAAUCUUUUUUGGCAAGAUACGUGAAUAAUCUCAUAUCCGUUCUAACGAAAAACAAUAGCGUGCAUCAGACUAGUCAAAUGAUAGUGGAAGAUAUUUUGGAAUCUUGGCGCAUGAUAUUAGUUUUCAUAGCAUGUUCUGUCUUGGCUAGUUUAAUUCUCAUCGCGAUGCUUCGAUGGAUAGCAAAACCUCUAGUAUGGAUUUCGAUUAUUGGAGUAAUUACUGCGCUAAGCUAUGGAGUUUACUACAGCUUCCGGCAAUACCAGCAAAUCCGUGCCAAUCCGGUAGCAGCACAUGUGAACGUGUCUCCAAAUCUUAGUUCUUUGGUAAAUUCCUGGUUUAAGUCAGAUCAAACCUGGCUGUGGAUACUGAUUGCCUUAUCAGUUAUAUUGAUCGUCUUACUAUUGGUUGUAUUGGUCUUACGAAAAAGGAUCGUGAUCGCCAUCGCCCUUUUGAAGGAGGGCAGCAAAGCUGUUAGUGCCAGUUUUUCGACAGUAUUCUUCCCCCUUGUACCAUGGAUAUUGCAGGCUGUGGUUAUUGUAUUUUCUUUAUUAGUACUUUUAUUCUUAGCAUCUAUUGGUGUUCCUGUAUACAAGGUAAAUGGACUCAACUCGUCUUUAACGUGCGUUUGCACAAAUGGAUAUAUGGAAGGUGACAUAUGUGAUCCAGUCGCAUUCAAUGAAAAUUGUCGAGACACUAGUAGGAUCUAUGAUCAAGAACGAUGUCUUGAUGCUGCAUGUCACUUUCAAGAGGUGGAUACCCCAGGUAUAGUUAGAUUCUUCCAUGCUUUAAACGUGAUUGGAUUUUUUUGGUGUAUUUGUUUUGUAUCCGCAUUCAGCGAAAUGGUGCUUGCUUUCACAUUCGCCACAUGGUACUGGACGCGCCAAAAAUCACGCCUUCCAUUCUUUGUGUUGACGCGUGGCGUUACACACACGGUUUACUAUCAUCUUGGUACAUUGGCUUUCGGAUCGUUGAUUAUUGCUAUUUGCAAAAUUAUUCGAGCCAUUCUCGAAUAUGUAGACCAUAAACUUAAGCGGUACGAUAAUGGAUUCACUCGUGCUGUGUUGUGCUGCUGUCGAUGCUUUUUUUGGUGCUUGGAAAGUUUUUUGAAAUUUUUAAACAGAAAUGCCUACAUUAUGUGUGCAAUCUACGGGAAAAACUUCUGCUCAAGUGCAAAAGAUGCAUUCAGCUUACUUACGCGAAACGUGCUCCGAGUAAUUGCAUUGGACAAGGUUACGGGAUUCCUAUUUUUCUUGUCUAAGUUACUCCUUGCUUCUGGAAUGGCAGCCGUAACGUACACGUAUUUUGAUAGUGAUCUACCAAAGAUGCAACUAAAUUACCCUUUUGUGCCAGCUGUACUCGUUUUCAUUGGAACGUUCAUUAUUGCGUCCAUAUUCUUCAGCGUUUACUCUGUUGCUGUUGACACCUUAUUUUUGUGUUUUUUGGAAGACAUAGAACGAAACGAUGGCAGUGCCGAACGACCGUUUUAUAUGUCCAGAGGAUUGCAAAAAAUAUUGGGGAAGAAGCAAAAGUAAAUUGAAGAUAUCACCAAAGAUUUAUUGUCUACCGUCAACACUGUCGCGGGGUAGCAGCACCAAUCAACUGCAGUUCUUCCUAUGGACUAUUUGGAUAAUGCGUGACCAAGCAAAUAUUUCCACGCACAUAGAAUUCUAAACCUUUAAGCCAAUACAGCCCAUUUGUAAAUAUUUGGAUGAAACAGCUGCUUAAUAGUGUAUAUCAUUUUGUUCACAUAUGAACUAGUUUAAGUCUAUAUUUUGAUACUAAUUUAUACAUAAUGCGUACCAUGGGUAUGAUGAAAUGAAAUUCAACGAGAAUUUAGAAGAACAGAUGAGAGUAGGCAUUUAAAUCAAGAAUAUAUUGUGAUUGAUAAUAUUGGUGGAUCUUAUAAGAAUUCAAAACUCAUAAAUGCAAAUUACACCUUGAUAAUUUUCUAAUGUAUUGAAUAUUUCUACAACCAUCACUAGAUGAAUUGUAAUUAUUAUAUACAUACAGUAAUUUACAGUAAGUAAAAAACUAUACGACCAAAGUAUGUACUGUUCGGUAAAUAUUGGAAAUUCAUAUCUGGAAUUGAUAGUGAAACAUUAGAUUGUACUAUAAUGAUGAUCAAAGGAACAGAUUUCUUGUUUUGACAAUGGUAUAGUAAUGAAAAUAUCAAUUUUUCAAAUUUAACUUACACCAGUGUUUUAUUCAUAAUGUUGUGGAAAACAUUGAAGAAAGCAUAAAAACUCGGUGUUCUUAUAGUUUUGAAAAGAAUUGUAUACACUAAUAUUCAAUGUGAAGCAAUACGUUCUAGCCUUUCCUUCUGAAUAAAAAGAAACUGUAAAACAGGCGUUUUGAAAUCUAGAAAUCAUAAGAAGCAAUUUAAACGGAAAAGUCUGCCAAUGGUGUUCUAUUGUGGUUUAAACCAAAGCAUGGGGAAUAUGUUUCAUAAAUAUUAAUAAAUUGUGGAAUUUCAUCGAUCGUUGAAAAUAAACUGACACUAUUUUAAAUAAA